AGGGUCCAGUACAGUAAGCUCAUAUGUCAGGGUCGCAGUACAGUAAGCUCAUAUGUCAGGGUCGUAUUUUCAGGGCCCUUUAGAAUCCCUGUCCCGUACUGUUUUUAUAUUUUUUAGGAGCGAUGCCACUAAUGUUAUAAUCUUGGCAACUCUCACACGGUAUAUGCAUGUGAUUGAUAAAUACCACAGAGCAGAGCACACCUACGCAUCAAGUAGUCCCAUGCUCAACACCUCUUCAGUCAUUAUCCCACCUACCCAAUAAAUACCCAAUAAGGACAUUACCCGCCCGCCCAGCCGUGCAUUUCAGCUACUCCAUCUAAGGAUGGGCGCAUUCAUUCCCUCCUAACAAGGGUGCACUCAGCCCUCAGCGAUGGAGCGCGGGAGAUGGACCCUGCCCGCCCUGACUGUAUCUUACAGAAGUGAGAUCGCCGGCUCCAGUAGCCCCCUGCCCAUCCACCACCUAUCCCCAUCGGUGCUCCAGCAGCCGACUCAACUCAGCCCUCGAGAUCGAAUGAGGCAUCGCCGAUCAGCAGAUGCCCAGUCUGCAGCCCGCCAUUGGCGCGGGGCCCGUCCUCGGUGCCGUCUCCCAGCAUGCAGGGCCUCACUUCCUACCGCAGCCAUGCCGCCGAUGCCCCCCUCCUCCCUCCCGCUCCCUGCGUCGCCGCGAAUAUAAGGUAGCAGCUGAUACACCCUUCCGCGGGAGACAUCUCUACACACACCAAACGCAGUAGUACUUAAAGAGCGCGCACGAUGGCUACCCUCAAAGACCGCACCAAGUCCGCUGUAGCAGCGGCUGCUACCGCCGCGGCGAGCAAGCUAAAGAACGGGCGCAUGUCCUUCCAACCUACGCAACCCCCCCUCCCCGACGACCCAAACGUCCACCUCAAGGCCGGCGAGCCCGUGACAAUAACCCAAGAACCGCCGCCCGAGCAGCGCUUCCCCGACCUCGAGACGGACAAGAAGCGCGGCGGGCGCCGCCUAAUUAUCGCCUGCGACGGCACCUGGACGAACAGCUACUCUGACGCCCCCACCGCCAACGCCCCCACCGCCAACGCCCUCGGCGACUUCCUCCCCGGCAUCUUCUCACACACCAACAUCACGCUCCCCUCAAACAUAACCCGCAUCUGCCGCGCGCUCAACACCAGCGCCGUAGCCACCACGGACACGGAGCCGCGCCCCGCGCAGAUCGUCUUCUACCACCCCGGCAUCGGCACGGACGGCGGCAUCGAGGACCGCGUCAUCGGCGGCGCGACGGGGGCCACCAUCUCCUUGCACAUCAGCGAGUGUUAUGGCUUCCUGUGUAACAAUUGGCAGGUGGGGGAUGAGAUUUUCCUGUUUGGGUUCAGCCGCGGCGCAUACACCGCGCGUGCUAUCGCGACGCUGAUCACGGAUGUUGGACUGCUGACGGCGAAGGGGCAGGAAUUCUUCUUUCAAAUUUUUGAGGAUUGGAAAGAUCAGAACGUCCCUGAAGUUCUGGAGAAGCAGAUGAAGGACGAGAAGAUUAAUGGUGCUCGAGGCGCAUUUAAGGGGCUCCCCGCCACCCCUCCCAUGCCGAGCAAAGCCUACGCCGACGAGCUAGCUAAGCGCGGUUACACCCGCCCCUCCGUCCCCGUCAAAGUCCUCGGCGUCUUCGACACCGUCGGCGCCCUCGGCGUCCCCCCCAUCUUCGGCCUCCACAUCUCCGCCACAGAACUAAUGCAAUACUCCUUCGUCAACACCAAAGUCUCCCAAGUCGUCGAAUACGCCUUCCAAGCCCUCGCCCUCGACGACCACCGCGCCGCCUUCGCCCCGGCGGUGUGGGAACAGCCCCAGCAGCCCGCUGAACUCAAGACGCUCGCACAAUCGUGGUUUCCGGGUGUGCACUCGAAUAUUGGGGGGGCGGGGGGGUACGACGAUCAAUCCCUCGCCAACGACACGCUGGCUUGGAUGCUGGCGCAGUUACAAACCGCGGACGUCUCAGAUGACGGCUCGCCGCUCCUAGACUUCGACACGGCGUACUUGGAUUUCAUCUUCUCCCUCAACGUCACGCACUGCAACGACACCCCCUCCGUAGGCGGCUACCGCGGCUGGGCACUUGGGAAGAUGGACGAGACCCUCACGACGACGUAUAGUUUCGUCGGCGACGUCAAGCCCUGGGCCGGAUGGGAGAAUUGGCGCGAUUGGGCGCACCCCGGCGACCUAGCCAGGACGCCGGGGCGCUAUGAGUCCUACUCUGCGAAAUCGGGACGCAGGACGAAGAGAGACAGGCCUUUGGUAGAGAGUAACGAAACCAUCCACCCCUCAGCGCGCGUGCGCGUCGCGUGCGGCGGAAGGGGACUCGACGACAAAGGAGCGUACUUCCCGCGCGGCCUCGAGGGAUUCAAAAUCGUCGGCCCGGAGGGGGCGGAUAUGAAGGACCCCCUGGCGAUGGGCUUUAAAUGGGUAGGCAAGGACUCGCAUGGACGCGAUGUGGUGCUGGAGGAGUGUAAGUUGGGGGCUAUGGAGUUGGCGCUGCUGGUGACGAGUCGGAAGGCUGUGGAGGAGGGGGAGGCGAGGAAGGGGGUUAGGGCGCAGGAGGUUGAGUGGCAGAAGGGGGAGGUUGGGGGGGUUGGGGGGGUGGUUAAUGGGAAGGGGAAGUGAGGGGGUUUGGGUGUGUGGGUGUAUGUGACAUGAGGAAGGAGCGAGUUUUGAAUACCAUCGCAACUUCCCCUUUAUAUCUGACAUGCCACAGGAAGGCACGACCCUCACUCACGUCACCCUCGCACCUCCCCCAAAAUCACCCAAGUAAACGCAUUCACAGAGGUAAACAGACACCCAUAAUCACUCGGAAAAAAGCCUCAUUAACCCAACUACAACCCAUCACAACCCUUUAUCCCACUCCCCC